UUGGAGUCGACUACACAUUUUAAAGCAAAUCAACUUCGGAAAUGGUAUAAAGACUUCAUCAGAGAUUGCCCAGAUGGUCACAUGACCAAGGAGAUUUUUGAGAAAAUUUAUGGUCAAUUUUUUCCUGCUGGAAAUCCGUCCCCUUUUGUUGAUUAUAUUUUUAAUGUAUUGGAUGUCAACAAGGAUGGAGUGGUUUCGUUUAAAGAAUUCAUCACCGCUAUAUCAGUUACAACGCACGGUUCCAUUGAUGAAAAGCUGAAUUGGGCGUUUAGGCUUUAUGAUAUUGACAGUGAUGGAUAUGUGUGUCGCAGUGAGAUGCUUGAUAUCGUUACCGCCAUCUAUCGGUUACACGGCAGAUUUGAUCACUCACUAGGUGAGAACGAUGAACCAGAACAACGAGUGAACCAACUUUUCGAUAAAUUAGACAAGGAUGGAGACGGAAAAAUCACUUGCGAAGAGUUUUGCAGAGGUUUUAAGAAUGAUCCGGUAAUCGUGAGGGCUCUGGUACCAGACGAUUCAAGUAAAAGUGUUUCAUAACGACCGGCUAUAUCACGUCAUAAUCGUUCUUCAGCUCAGAGUUCUGUAACGAUUCCAAAAACUAUCUUCAGCUCAGAGUUCUGUAACGAUUUCAGAAACUACCGAUUGAUUCUGCUGAAAGCUCUCGUUCCUGAGAUUUAAGAAAAAAAUAAUUAUUAUUAUUAAUCGUUCUUGUCACGUGACUGUUCUAUCAACUCGUAGCUCUGCAACUGUUUGAAGAACGAUCGUCUGAUUGUGAGAGUUCUGGUACCAGCUAAUUCACAAGAAACUACCACUGUAGCCCGAGAACAGUUAAUAUAUUUACUUUUGUCGAUUUGCUUUGAGACAGUCGACGUUUAUGUCACAUCGAAUUUGUAAGUUACAUAAUUUUUUUUUUACGAGUUACGGAUUAGAAAUCAUCCAAGCAAUAAGACGGAAUGGGAUAAAGUCUAACGGAGACAAACGAUUUUUAUUUGAUCGCCUUCACUGUUGUAAUUAAUGUUGCUCGUUUUUAACUUGGUUAACAACAAUGCCUUUGUUCAUAGCGGUGAAAAAAAGAAGAUAAUAAAUAUUAGAUCACAGAUACUGGGAUAGGAAAUAUUAGAUCACAGAUACUGGGAUAAGAAAUAUUAGAUCACAGAUACUAGGAUAGGAAAUAUUAGAUCACAGAUACUGGGAUAAGAAAUAUUAGAUCAUAGAUACUGUGAUAAGAAAUAUUAGAUCACAGAUACUGGGAUAAGAAAUAUUAGAUCACAGAUACUAGGAUAAGAAAUAUUAGAUCAUAGAUACUGGGAUAAGAAAUAUUAGAUCACAGAUACUGGGAUAAGAAAUAUUAGAUCAUAGAUACUGGGAUAAGAAAUAUUAGAUCAUAGAUACUGGGAUAAGAAAUAUUAGAUCACAGAUACUGGGAUAAGAAAUAUUAGAUCACAGAUACUAGGAUAAGAAAUAUUAGAUCACAUAUACUGGGAUAGGAAAUAUUAGAUCAUAGAUACUGGGAUUAGAAAUAUUAGAUCACAGAUACUGGGAUUGAUAAUCGAAAUAGUGCUAUUUUAGUAAAAACGCGUUUAUUUCAGUAUAUCUAAAACUGUUGUUAAUUUUACAAAGCAAAAUAACACAACCAGUUCGUAUUAGUCUUAUUUCAAAAUUAUAAUGGUUGUUAGUAAAAAAUAAAAAUAAUCAAUUCCUCCACUUGCUCCAAACUGUUUUCUAUGGGCACUUAAAACUGGGUCUAUAAAGUUCUAACUAGAAGGCUAUGUUACAUAACACGUAUCAAACUACCUGCAUCACACUGGCACGAAUUUUGAUUUCAUUACCAUGACUCUGCGGGGUGAAGAGAAACACGAGCUUCUGAGCAGCCCCCGGGGCGUCUUUCAGGCCCCUAAUUUUUUUUUUUUUUAGCCUUGAAAGAUAUUAAAGCUAAAUUCCUGUCACGGAUUUUGAUUUGAUCUUUAGGAAAGCAUAUAUGUUUCUACGUGUAUUAGUACUUCGUUGACACAGGUAAGUACAAUUACAACAAUAGUUUGCACUAUCACGACAGUGGAAUUAAUAGGCUUUUAAACGGGCUGCCAUCAAAUGGGCCACCCACAAAAAUAAGACACACACACACACGAGGCGAUAACAACAAUAUGUAACAUAAGCUUUAAUGUAAAGUCCUUUACUUACCACUAAUAACCUAAAAUACUUUAGGUAUCUGAAUAGUAUGUU